ACAGGCCAACUCAUGACAUCGGAUACGGGCCAGCAGCACUAAAGUAAAUAUAGACCUGGCAAAACAAUAAUGAAACAGACAUUUAUUUAACAUUUUUAAAUGAUUCAAAAUCUAAUUAUGACAGGAUAACCAAAAUCUCAUAAACCCUUAUCAACCUGUCCGCUGUAUAAAUGUAGAGCCCCAUUCUGUUUGAACAGGUGACAAAUUACCUUCCCCACAUGUUAGAAAUGCUUCAGAUGAAACACAGGAAGACUCAUUUUCUAUUUCAAGAUUACGCUGAGCACGACAGCCCAACUCGAGCAUGCUUGCUCUCAAUGUCGUCAACAGAGCAGCGAUAAGCUGUGCUGAGAGGCUGAAGCAAAUUCAUCACGAAAGGACAAAACAAUGGAAACGUCAAUGGAGGACUUUGCACGCUCGGAUGUCGACGCUGAAAUGACAAUAUUGACAUCGGAUGAUGUUACAGGACAAAACACUGAUCAUGCAGACGAGGUGGAGAACCUCCGGAAAAGUUUACGAGAGGCCGUCCACGAUGACAGCAUCCAGCCUAAGAUGCAGUGCCUCAUGAUGGACUCCUCCUUCUCCAUGGUAACAAUGCAAAGCGAGAACAGCGGUAUAGCCUGGGAGACGACCCCAAGUCCCUGUGCAACACCUUGGACACCUGAGGCCGGAUCUAUAGAUGCUGGCUCUCCAGCUCUAGUACAGGCAGCAACAGCUGGAUCUCGUCCAGCUGGAAAGAUUAUAUUUGUCAUGGAUGAGGAGAUGAUUUCCAGGCAAAGAAAAACAAAAGAAAACAUUAAUAGUCAGAAGAGCAAAACUGAAAAAACAGAAGUCCUGGACGAUGGCUUCGAGAUGAUUUUAGGACGGCCAGAACUGGUUGAAGUCUCUCAACCGAAUGUAAAAGUUGAAGGAGAAACUGACCAAGAAGAAGCCACUGAUCCUCUUGUCGAUAAAGAGCAGUGCUUGUUCAGCAUUGUGUCUGAAGGCUCUGAAAUCCUUAACAUCGUUGUUCCUCCUAAACUGGCCACAGUGGAUGAAGAGGAGAGCAACGAAUUGGUGGACAAUCUGUCUUAUCUAGAGGAGAGCCCUGUUCCAAAAGGCAGCGAGGAGACCCAAGACAGUGAGCCACUGAACUCUGAAGUGGAAACAGGCAUGCCUCCAUCUCCUAGAGGUGUGAUGGAUCCACCAGGGGCUCCAGUAGCCAGACCUGCUAGCAGAAUACCUGCUAGAAAUUUGGACUAUUUUGAUGCCUUCUCCUUGAUAGAUGCCCAAGCGCCAGGGAGUCCUGCAGUGGUCGCACAUCAGCAAGAGGAACCGCAGGCAGAGCCUACCACUGAGAGCCAGGUGAUUGAGAAACCGGUACGUUUGGAAGACCACGCCAUCUCCAAACGGGUGGAUAUGGAUCAAUCAGACACAAUCAGUUUAGAGGAACUCACCAGUGAGCUUUUAGAUGAGGUCUUCUACGGCAGCGCAGACAGCUACCCUGUAAAAAGUCUGGACUCUGCAGAUGAAGGUGAAGCUGAACGGGGAGCAUUCAGACUCCCUUCCAAACCCAGUGGUUCAACUUUGUUCGGUAGCCAAGAGGACAUCCUCACUCCAGUCUUUCUACCCGAAGGACCGCCAAAAAUCAUCGACCUCAUUUUGCUGGAGGAGCCGAAGGCCAUGGCCUUUCUUUACACAGACCUGUACGAGGAAGCACUGGGCAGCAGAAAGAAAGAAGAAGACACAGAAAGCAUGACCUCUGAGAAAUCCUUCCACAGCAGGAACUCAGACCGAGAGGCCAGAGGAUAUCUGGAGAAAUUUGUCCUCAUCGACGAGACUCCUGCUGUAGAGGUGGAACAACAAGAUAUGGAGGCAUGCCCCGAGGAAGAAGAACAACGAACGUUGCCCCAAGAGUUGCUCGACUUUGAAGAUUUAAUGGCCUUGUCUGAAAAAGAGAUGCAACACUCAGAGGAGGUCACAGACUUCUUUAGGUCCAGUGGCAAUUCUUCUCCUUGUGAUAUAGAACCGUUCCCUCGAUCAUUAGAAGGCGAAGAAACAGCAACAACAAAGAGAGAAGUCAAGACACAAAAAAGUGUCUCUAUAGCUGUAGAGCAGGUUCCAGAAACCACAGGAGAUCAGUUUGACUCCUCUGGAUUUGAGUUCACCUCAGACGAACUAGACUGGGAAAUAACAGAUGAUGAUCCUACGGCCAUGCAUGCUGGAGGUCAAAAAGAUGAGGACGUGUGCAAACAAGAUUUAGAGACAAAUAAACCCGUUGCACCCCCCAGAAAGAAGAUAGCCUCCUCUACUAAAGCAUCCUUGGAUCUGACUCCUCUGACUCCUGUUUAUGUGACUGCACAAGAGAAAGAGGAGGCUGUAGGAAAGGAGCAAAGAGUGGAGGAGAAAGAGACAGCUUCACCAGUAGAGACUGCAGAUGAGGGUGAUGGAGACGGGGAAGAAGUCGUGCAGGCUGCCUCAGGCGUAUCGGAGGCCACGCUGGUCGAAGUGAACACCGAGUCUGUAGAAAGUGAGAUUGUAAAAGACAACGAUGCAACACCUGCUCAGGAGAACGAAGCUAAAACAGAUGGAGGACAGAGUGACACCAUAACUGCUACAGAACAAAUUGGACUGAAGGAGACAGAUGUUAAGUCAGAUGUUAAAACAGAUAUUAUUCCAGAGUCUCAGGACAGUUCUUCUGCUGAGCCAGCUAAAACCAAAGGGCAGUGUAUCAUACUUUAGUUUGGCCACAGUUUUUAAAGGGGGCAUAUAGUAACUUUUAAAACUUGCAACAGGUCUACGGUUGAUACAAAACAUGUUCACGAAGUUCGUUGCCCCAAAUCCCUCCCACAUAAACCAAUCUCACCAGCUUUAUUCUUGGUAGUUUCAUUACCUUCCAGAAUGAGCAGUUUCAGGACGUUGUCACUUUUAUGCACAUAAGCGGUUGCUGGCCACGCCUACCCACUCCCUGACUGGCUGCUAUGAGGUGAGGAGAUCAGAUAUGUGGAGGGGCCUGGAGUAGACCUGCUGCUCCUCCAGCCUGGAGAGGUGAGAGGUUGAAUAUCUGUGAAGCACUUUGUGAUUUCUAUCAGUGAAAAAGUGCUAUAUAAAUAAACACUUUCUCUUAUGCUAAUGUUCCUUUGUUGUGAUGUCACAAUAAGGGAUAUUUUUAAACUGUUUAAAUUUAAAAUAGAAUGAUGGGUUUAAUUGGUGUUUGAGGUGUUCAUGGAGGCAGUAGAGACUCACAUGACUGCACAAGAAGAUACAAAAUGUGAGUUUUGCACAAUAUGUCCCCUUUAAAGCAAGUUCAAAUUUUCAAAUGAGGCAUCAACUUGCUAGCUGACAAACCGUAGCAGUAGCAAAAAGAUUUAGCUCUGAAGGUUGAUCUAGCCAUGCUCCACUGUAGCAUCAGCAGGUCUACCAUUGGCUUGACUAAGUGUAAUGGGCUCGACACACGGGAGGCGACUAACGACCGGGAUCAGCGAAAUGUGUCGCUGUCGCUUUUAUUACCUGACACACGGGAGGCGAUCCGCGGCAGCGACCAGUGGCAAAGCCGUCUACGCGUUCUGUUCCAUGGCGAAAUCGAAUCUUCCGUUGUUUUGCUUGGCUGUGUCAGGUUGGAGGGAAUUAAGGUUAUUUAAGCGGUUCAGAGUUAAUAAAGCGGUAGAUAUGAUGUUUCACAAGGUGCUGCUAGAGUUAUGUGAAAUCUUACUUCUGAUUUUACUACAUAAAACAUAAUAAUAAUCAACUUCUCCUUCAUGUUUGCUCGGAGAUGUACGGAGCAUCCUGCCCGCUCAUUGGUCAGUGAAUGAAACCUCCGUUGAUUGGUCCUCGUCCGAGCGACAGCGAUGAAAAGUUGAAAAUAUUUCAACUUUCUGGGAUCGCGUCGCUGGGUCGCCUGUGCACGACACGUGCACAAGCGCAAAAUUUCACACACACGUUUUUCGCGUUUUGCUUGGUAGGAGGGAGACCCGCGAUUAUCGCUUUGUCGCACAUGUCUCAUUGAAAAUGAAUGGAGGAGAGGCGAUGUCGCCUCCCGUGUGUCGAGCCCAUAAGCCCGGACAAUCACAGAGCUCAGUGUUUGUAGAGCGACUUUGGGUGGACUUAGUACCAUUACAGCUGAUUUGUUUUUGUUUUUUUACAACGCUGGCAGAGCAAAACUACAAAUACGGUGGUGCUCAGGAAUGGAUUUGAAAUGGCUUUAGCAUCAGUUUUGUACCACUUAGACUUGGGCUUUUGUUUGAGACAUGAGCAGAUAGAGGCACUUAAGUCAUUUAAUAAAAAAUUUUGUAAUUUC